AUGACACAAAGCUUUCAUUCAAUGCCAAAUUUUUCAAAAACUUACUUAUAUGUUAUCCCUAAAAAUUUAUACCAAGAAUUUUGUAACGCUUUUGCGUUUUUUAUAAUGGUUAAGGCCUGUAAUCCAAGUAUGAAUUGGCAAGAUUUAAUGGAUACAGCAAAUACAGAAUGGCGACUAUGUCGAACUGAAUCAGAAACAACUAUUAGAGACCAAAUCAAACAAUAUCUUGCAGCAAGUCCGCCUAUUAUACGAACGGCAAACUUUUUUCUACCACCUGGUUCAUAUAGUUCUAAAUCAUCAAAUUCUUUAAAUACAAACUCAAAUUCUGCAAUUUCUUCAUUGCCUUCAGCUAAUGAAGAACAUAUUCUUGCUCCUAAUGCGUCGUCUCAACGUCAAGCUUUAACCCUAAUUAAAGAAACUGGAACUAAAGUAAAUGAAUACGAAAAUCUAUUGCUAAAUACUAAUGACAUAGAUCUUAGGCGUCAGAUAUAUGAGAAGUUAAAGGAUAAUCGUGCUAUUAUUGAAAAGGAAAAAACGUCUCAAGAAAAAAAAAGAAAACAACUUAACGAAGGUAUUGCAGUAAUAUAUGAUACUAGUGGACGCCCAUCCGAAUUUCAAAAAAAUCCCAAAUUGCUUGAUCAAAUACAUGAUUGUGUUGAAUUUGGUGUAGCGGAAAAAAAAAGAAGAAAGACUGUGAUUAAAGUUCGCACAAUCAGACACUUAAAGGAAGCAUUACAAGAAAAGUAUAAUGUUUACCUUACACGACAAACUCUUUCAACAUAUCUUUUACCCCGACAUCCCAAUUCACGUCAAGCAAAGCACCACCAUUAUCCUGCACAAAUUAAAGUAAGUGCUGUUUCUCGUUCUGAAAUGAAGUUUCAUGUGGAUGAACACUACUGUCUCGCGUCGGUUAAAAUGGUUAGAGAGUUUGCUGUAACUUUUGCUAACUAUAGCCUUAUCAUCUUGCAAGAUGAUAAGGCUAAAGUUGGCUUAGGUGUGCCAGCAGUCGUUUAUCUUAUUAUCAACCCUGAAAACACAAAUGAAACAUUACGUCAAGGUCAAUUAUCCAUUUAUGUUCGACCAGAGUAUUUUGUAGGAACUUCAUCUUUAUCUCAUAUGAGAGAUUUAAUUGAGAUUUCAAAAUGUGAUGAUUUUGCGCCGAUGUUGAAAUAUAGUGACCAUCUUAAGUCUAUUUGGUUCUUGUUAGUUGAUGGGGGGCCAGACGAAAACCCAAAACAUUUGAAAAAUAUUGUUGAAUAUUGUCGUCUUUUUCGUGAGCUUGAUCUUGAUUAUCUUUCUGUUAGAACGCAUGCUCCUUAUCAGUCAGCUUACAAUCUAGUAGAACGCAGUAUGUGUACACUUUCUAAAAAGCUAGCUGGAAUUGAGCUUCCAAUUAAUAAGUUUGGAUCUCAUCUUAACAGCCAAGGUGUAGUUGUAGAUGAAGACUUGGCAAAGUGCAACUUUGAAUUUUCUGGUCAAAGUUUGUGUGAAAUUUGGAAGCGUGAUAAUAUUCAUGGAAGACAAGUGCAUGCCAAUUACAUUGAUUAUGAUGAAGAUCCUUUUCAUAAUAAAGGAAAAGAGCCUACCACGUGGUUGUGGAUAGAACGUCAUGCUCAGCUAUGCCGCUACUCUCUGGAUGUGCGAAAAUGCCCUGAUCGAAAUUGCUGUAGUGAUGUUUAUGCCAAAGAAGCAAUUGAUCUAUUGAAGGAAAAUGGUGGGUUUCUCCCACCAUUAACAAAAGGAAAAGAUAACUGCUUUUUAAAUCCAAUCCACGUUUUGCAAUAUAUAGACAAGACAAAAUUGUCUAAAUAUGAUGAAGAGUGUCCUUCACUAUCAUCACAAGCACAUCAAAGACUUUGCUGCAAUAUAUGCAGUAAAUAUUUUCCUACCGCGAAGAUGAUUACAAAACACAAACAAGUAAUUCAUGCAAAAAAACCACUCCAAAAAAAUGAAAAUCAAACCUCUAUAUCUGAUCUUGAACUUCCUAUUGUGCUAAUUGAACAUGUUGAACUGCCUUACUUAUCUACAGAAGAGGUUAUCGAAUCUUUAGAAUAUCUUGACAAUGACAACCAUCAAAUUCAAUUAAGUAAUUCAACUUUUAUGGAAGAUUUUUCCAACCUACCCUCUAUUCGUUCGUCAUGCCAGUCAUCUGAAGUUUUUGAUUUACGAGAGGUGCUUUCCGACGUUGAAUAA